AAUGAUUCGACCAAUUGCUCGAAAUUUAUUUUCUCUGGUUUGUAUUUUAAAUCCUUCUUUGCCUUCUUCUCGUGAUAUAUUAAAAACAACAUUUUCUCUUUACAUGCACCAAGUUCCUUUAAGAAUUGGUUUUAUUUUUGUUAUUGAUGAUACACCUUCAUUAGAUGGAAAAUCAAAUGUUGAAGUUGCUAUUUAUAAUAUUUUUGAAUUUAUAAAAGAAAAAAAAGGAAUAUUAAAAGCAGUUCAUUUUAUUUUGAAGAUUCACGAAGAAUUGUCAUCGCCAAUUGAAGUUUCUGAAGUCCACAAAUUUUUUAAAGUACAUUUUCAAGAUUCUGAUUUUGACAAAAUUUUUGGUCUUAAUUCUGAUUACAGCAAAAAUCUUUCAACUGGAAUUAAUUUUUAUCGUCGUAGUGGACUUAAAAAAUUGCCAACAGUUUUAGUUAAUGGAAUUCCAUUAGAUAAUUCAGCAUUAGAAUCUUCUGAUAGAAUUGAGGAUGGAAUACUUUUUUCAAUUAUGAGACAAACAAGUUCUUUGCAACGAGCAGUUAUGGAUGGAAGUUUAACAGAUAAAGAAAAUAUUUUAAAUUGGGUUAUGUCAAGGCCAGAUGUUUUGCCUAGAUUAAAUCCCAGAUUAAUUGGAAAUAAUGAUGAGGAUACUAAUGAAAGGAAGACACUACAACCAUUUAUUUCAAUUUCAAAUGAUGAUGUUUCGUGUGAAGAUAAUACUUUGCUUGAAAAAAUGAGCUCUCAGAAUCGAUUCAAUUGUCUGAUAAAAGAAAGGUUUUAUUUGGUUCGUUCUGAUGAAAUGCUUGAUGAAUCAAUUCAUUGGUUUACUGUUUGGUUAGUCGCAGAUUUAAAUUCAGUUAAAGGACAGCAAUUAUUACGUGAUGCAUUAAAAGCAUUGAAGAAAAGCAAUUAUAUGAGGUUAACUUUAAUUUACAAUGGACCUGAAAUUAAAAAGAAUUCUUGGACAAUCGCACACAUCUGUGAAGCAAUAUUGACACGUCUUUCUUCUGCGCCAGCAAAAAGAGCAUUAAAUAAAUUACUUGGAUUAGAAGAAAUUGAGAAGAUUAGUAAAGAAAUAUUUAAUGAAAAGUCAGUUGAAAAUUUAUUAAAAGAAAUUGGUGGACAUGGAAUUAAUAUAGAUCCUAUUUUGGCUGAAUUAAAGAAUGGAAAUGUUGAAAAAAGAUUGGCACUUCAAUCUGCAUUUGCUCUUAAUGAUUUGAAUUUAAUUGAAGGGCAAAUAGCUGUUAUUAUUAAUUCAAAUGUUUAUGGACCUCUUGAUAAGGAUGAGAAUUUUGGAUUUGAUGAUUUUGCGUUGGCUGAACGUUUAGCUGAAAGAAAGGGUGUCAAGAAAAUUGCAGAAAUGGUUAAAGGGUGGAAGAAGAAUGACAAAAAGGUCAAAAAUCCUUCUGAUACGUUGUUACAAAUUAUUUCUUUUGUUGAAAAUUUUGCUAUACAAAAACGUCGCCAUUCUAUCGAUGUCGGAAUGGAAUUUGAAAGUGUUUUGAAUUUGUUGGCAAAAGAUGAUGACCGUCCAAUAUUCCAAAUUGUUGCAAUUGUUAAUCCAAUUUCUCGUGUAGCUCAAAAAUUGAUUCCAAUUCUUCAAAUAUUACUUAAAGUUUUAAAUGUUGAUUUAACUUUGGCUUUGAAUCCAAAAUCUAAAAUUACUGAACUUCCCUUAAAACGGUAA